CAGUACAGCAGGGGUGUCAAACAGGCGGCCCUCCAGAUGCUGAGAAACUACAAGUCCCAUCAUGCCUCUGCCUUUGGGGGUCAUGCUUGUAACUGACAAUCUUGCAAUGCCUCAUGGGACUUGUAGUUUGGCAACAGCUGGAGGGCUGCCAGGUUGACAAUCCUGUUGCAAAACUACAAGUCCCAUCAUGCCUCUGCCUUUGGGAGUCUUGCUUGUAUCUGUCAAUCUUGCAAUUCCUCAUGGGACUUAUAGUUUGGCAACAGCUGGAGGGCUGCCAGUUUGACACCCGUGGUGUAAGGUGUCCAUACUUC